GUCCGUUCCGGUGACGGGCCGGAUGCCUGCGUGUUGUUGGUGGGGAGAUGGCGGGCUCGGGCUCGGCGGCGCCCGGACCCGGAGCGGACAGAGGCCCCGGUCCCGGUCCCGGCCGCGCCUCCGGGGAGAACCCCAGCCAGGACAGCACCUUCGAGUGCAACAUCUGCCUGGACACGGCCAAGGACGCGGUGAUCAGUCUGUGCGGACACCUGUUCUGUUGGCCUUGUUUACAUCAGUGGUUGGAGACCAGACCUAAUCGACAGGUUUGCCCUGUAUGCAAAGCAGGCAUCAGUCGAGACAAAGUCAUUCCCCUUUAUGGAAGAGGAAGCACUGGUCAGCAGGAUCCCAGAGAGAAAACUCCUCCAAGACCACAGGGACAGAGGCCUGAGCCAGAGAGCAGAGGGGGUUUCCAAGGUUUUGGGUUUGGAGAUGGAGGAUUCCAGAUGUCUUUCGGGAUUGGUGCGUUUCCCUUUGGAAUUUUUGCAACAGCUUUUAACAUUAACGACGGCCGUCCGCCACCAGCAGUCCCUGGAACGCCGCAGUACGUGGAUGAACAAUUCCUGUCUCGCCUUUUCCUCUUUGUGGCUCUUGUGAUAAUGUUUUGGCUCCUCAUUGCCUGAGGACACACAGCAGCAAUCCUUAAGUCCCGUGUGUGGUCUGAAAUAUAGGCAUUGAACUGUCCCAGGAUUCUGUUUUUCUACCUUUGGAUACGUAUUAGGAACAAAAAUCAUAUCUAAUAGAAACUAAAAUCAGCUUCUAAUGGGAUAGGUUUUGGUGGACUGAGAAUGUGUUUAAAAGGCUCCUUUUACAGGGCUGUAAUUUUGUAGCGGUGUCCAUUUCAGUAAGGUUGAGUGGUGUACCCACUCGCCUUGAGCUGGAACAUUGUGAUGAUCUGUAUCUUUAUUUAAAUCACUGCUGCACUGUCAUUUUGAAACGGGCCAAGGAAGUUGGUUCUUAACAGAAGAAAUAGCCCUCGAAAUGAAAACAACCCAGAGAUUUAAGACCGACUUGAAGCAGCGUGUAUCAGAGAGCUUGGUUGAUUAACACUUACCUUCGUCAGAUGGUUUAAACUCCACUCAAGGGCUUGAGCAGCAGUACAAACCAGUGUUGAGAACCCAUCUGCCUGCUCAAUGGAUUAAAAAAAAUUCCUACAGUACUAUUCAGAGGAGGACUGGGAACUCCGGAGAAACAGUACUCGGUUGUGUAUUGAUCAUUAUGGAAUCUCACUACAUGAAUUGACUGCCAUGUUUCCCUACGUAACAUUGACCACACUUCAAAGCAAAUUUUUGGCUGUGAAGAUCUUUGAGGUAAAUUGAGGGGUAAUAAUUGACUUUUCCUCUUUGUUUACUUCUAAUUUCACACAUUAAUCACUGGCAAAGAGGACUCGCAGACUUUCAUCGGCACACUUGCUGGUCGGUCAGUAAAUGGUCAUCCCUCGUUCUACCCAUCCCUACUCAGGCACUAUAUUGAAUGGAGUUUCUCAGUGACAGAUUACCUACUCCAGCGACUGUACUAAUGGGUUUUCCUUUAACAAAGCUGCUUAUCGCCACUUUUUAUUAAUUGUUCAUGGGACCUGGACCUAGAUGGCAAUUACUGCCCAUCCCUUAAUUGCCCCUUGAACAGUGAGUGGCCCAUGACAGAGGGCAGUUAAAUCUGGACCACUUCAGUGAGUCCAGAAUUGCACGUAGGCCAGACUUGGGUAAAAAAAAUAGCAAAUUUCCUUGGACUCUGUGUAACUUGACCUUGGGCACAAGGAACAAGGUUCCAACCCUAUCCGAGACCCUGAACCACCCUCAGUGAGAGUUGUUUAAAGGGACUGGUGAAGGCCAGGGUGACAGUGACUGAUCGGAGGCCCCACUGCCGUUGAAUCCUGGCCGUAACAGGCUGCAGAAUGACGUGGGCAGUACGGUGUUUGGGCGUCCGUGGAACCAGAUUCAGUCCAUGGCGACGGUGGGGAAGAAGCGAGUUAUUGCUGGGUAAAGAUAGUGGGGAGGCCGUAGAGGGUUCUGUCCUACAGUUCAGUGAGUUAGUGGCUGGGAAUGCCCGUGCCUUAAUGGGUCAACAAUGGAAGUAACAGCUUUAUAUGAAGAUGGGUGGCUAUUAGAUGUAUUUUUAAUUUAAUAUCCUGUUUCUGGCUUUGUAUCAGAUGUCAAAUAAAUAUUGAACAUU